AGGAGAGGGCAUGAGAUAAACCGUGGUAGAUUCGGAGGCAGACAUUGGAUUGGCAUGGCUGUGUGCAGCUCAGCACUUCAUCCUACAUCCACAAGGCUCCUGCCUGGGCAUUUGGAUUGUCUCUCAAACAGCUUAGAAAUGGUGCUGGACAGCAGAGCACUGAGCCUGGCUUUGUUUUUACAGCAUGUUGCAGGGUACUCGGAGAUAGAGAGAGAGAAUUAAGGGCGAGCGGGGGCAACAUCAUCACACAUUUGAGCGAUGCUCCGUGAGCUCUGUUUUUUUCACACCGUUUGGCUUUUCUGCACAAAGACUUUGGACUAAUGGACGAAUGCAGGAAUGCAACUCUUUGCUUGUCAUGCUUGAAUUACUGUUCCAUUUAUCCUUUUUUGUCACAGUGCUCAUUGUCUUUGUCUAUCACUGCUGCCAGACGAACUGUGGGGUAGUGUGGCGGACACAGCUUUCUCCUCAACCCCCCUCUCCCUUGUCUGUUUCCCUUACUUCUCUUCUCUCCCAGCUUGCUCGUGUUAAUUUACCGCUUCUAAGCUACAUUCCCCUCUGUGUUAUCCUCCGUUAUUCCCACUGGUUACUGUCAGGCUCUAGUUGCACAUAUAAAACAGAUAGACUGCUGUUAUAUCUUAGCAGCUUGUUACGUGAUCUCCUAGAAAAGAGUUUUCCUCUGCUGCUCUGCCGUCACACAAUUCCUAAGCUCUGUCAGGUAUCUCUCUCCAUAACAUCAAGAUGCUCAUUCAAGAGGAUUGAUCUCUCUCACCCCCUUCACUCAUCCCUUCCCCUCCCUUCUCCCAAUCUUCUGCCCUCUGACCCCUGCCUUUUUGUUCUCAACCCUCAUCCAUUUUCUCUCUUUUGUCCUUAACCUAAACCUCCUCUCCCCUAAUUCAUUUGACCCUCUCGACCAUGUUGCCAUGGGUCCACUGGCUUCAACCUAUCCUCGUUUUGCUGUCCUCUGUCUUUUGGACCUGGGGCGAAAACUGCCCAGCAACCUGCCUGUGCCCAGAUCCUCACACUGUGGACUGUAGUGGCCGGGGGUUAACCCGUCUUCCUGAAGAGAUCCCUUUGGAUGUCCGGAGGCUUCUACUGGCCGACAACUGGAUACCCCGUAUCCCUUCGGAUUUUCUGGUUCUGUACAGUGACUUGGUCUACUUGGACCUCCGGAACAAUUCCCUCUCUUACAUAGAACCUGGGACUCUAAGCACUUCCUCCAGGUUGGUCUUCCUCGACCUAGGUAGCAACAAUCUGACUGAAAUCCCAAAGGGGACUUUUGGGGAAUCCCGGAGCUUGAUCAAACUGCGACUGGGAAACAACCCAUAUUUGAGCAUGGUGAGUGAGGACGCCUUUCUGGGCCUCACCUCUCUGCGAGAACUUGAACUGGAACGUAACGCACUAUCUACCCUAAAGGUGGGAGCCCUGAGUCAGUUGCCCUCCUUGCGGGUGGUGAGACUCGAGGGCAACCCUUGGGUUUGCAACUGCAACUUCACCAACCUGUUUGAAUGGUUGACGGAAAAUCGUCACAAGCUUCCAAAUGGGGUGGAAGGCAUGGAGUGCUCCCUUCCCAUGGAUGGCAGACGUGUUUCUCUGACACAGCUUUCAAAGGACAGCUUUCGUGAGUGCCAGGCCACCCUAACUCUAACAGACCUGCUCAUCAUCAUUUUUUCUGGCAUCUCUGUGUCUGUGGUGGCCAUCAUGACCAGCUUCUUUUUGGCUUCAACUGUUCAUUGCUUCCAGCGCUGGAGUAAAGGCACCAAGGGAGAUGAAGAAGAGAGUGAGGAGUAAAAACGAUUUCCUUGCAGGGACGUUUUUCCUGGUUCUCCAAACCAGUUGAGGACACUCAAGAAAGUGUGUGGUCAGUGCUGUUUCCUACUUGGCAAAGCUCCAGAACCCUUGGAUCAUGGAUUGGUACAGUUACAGUCAAAAGAUGGAUAUACAUAUUAUCUAACAAAUUACAUCUCAACGGAAUGAGGUUUGUAAGUAUACCACUCCAUGUGUUCAAAAAUUAUAUGAGGAUCAUAUUUUUGUCUGUGAAAAGUCAAAGUUUUUGGCUCAGUGUCAAAUAUUCUGAAGAAAAAUAACGAGGCCAAGACUAUGACUUGUAUCGAAAGAGAAAUAGAUUUCACUGGACUACUAACACAUAGGAAAUAUUUUUCUUGUAGUGCUGUCAUUUUUGUCUUAGAAAAACCAAAAAACUAAAUCUAAUGCUGAACAUUCAGCUUUGGAAUCUGAAAUUCUGUAAAGAAAGCUCAAGGCUUUUGUGAAUUUUAAAAUCAUAUUCACUGGAACUUAAUCUAUGUAAAGCAGGACACUUCACUGACCUAAAAUCCCUUAUAAAAGGAUGUCAUAAUGACAAGUGACCUCAAUAUUUAACUGCUUGUAAUGUGAUAUGCUGGCAUAUCGUAUCAUUUAACAGUGUCCUGUCUGGAUUGCCUCAUUUGCUUAUAUUUAAAGGUUGCUCUCAAGAUAUGAAGAAGGUUAAUAGUGUUGUUCCUUCUGAAUUAAUCAUAGGCGGAAAGCUUAACAAGAAGGGUUUGGUUGACAGUUGGUCUUCUCAAACUUCCAGCAGUAUUCAUUAUAUAAUUACAAAUUUAUGUACAAAAGUAAAUGGUAUGUAAUCAAAAAUAAAAACAAAGAGGAUAGUAUGUUCAUUAGAUUCAUUACUGUAAACUAUGUAGAGAAAGAUAUUUCUAAAAUAUAUACAGUAUAGUCUUGGAAAUUACGACGAAAAUAUGGUAUUAAAUUGAAUCUAUUUAGUUACUCUGUUGAUGCACUUUAAACAAUAAACCUAAUUUUGGCAGGUAUCUCAUUUAGACUAAUACUGUCUUUGCCAAAGAUUAAGUUUCAGUAGAAGAAAUAUGACAUGGGAGGACUUUGUUGUGGAUGGCAUGUUACAUAGAGAGGCAGAAGUAGCUUCACAAUAGAAACCAACUUGCACUUUGUAAAAACCCUUUGUACUCAAACAAUUACCAUCUCCAAAGAUUUACAAUUUCUUCCUGUCAGUCUUUAGCAUCUUUCAGAUCAGAGUUCUGUGAUAAACACAUAAACACAAAGAUCUCCUUAUUUCUUCCUUUGGCAUUCAUGUCCUACAAGUUGAUUUGGUGAGCUCAUGGGGCUACAUGUGUAACUCAGCUCCAAUUACUAGAGCAACGCACACAUGUAUGUUGAACAUUUCUCUUAUACCCAGUAAUAUCUGAAUUUGAUCUUUUUUGUGAGUUACAAGCUAACUGUCAUAAUACAGUCAGGUCUUCAAACACAAACAAAAUUGCAGUGCAGUCAUGCUUAGCACAUGUGUGUCUGUCCCAGAUUAUACUAAACAUAUUUCUCAGAUUAAAUCCAAACUGGGGGAUCAUCACAGUGUCCUGUAGCUGCCCCAUUUCAUCUUAUGCUCAUCUUGGCUCUGUGACUAUACCUUCUCAGGUGGAUCAUAGACAAAACAGCAGUGGGUCACCUUUGACCUUAUUUCACUUGGGGUCUCUAAACUGGUCAUGAAGAACACCUGUAGAACACAUUUGAGCCUGACAGUCUGAUCUGAAAGGAGCUUUUGACCAAAUCAGCAGUCUUCGCUCAUUGCAGUGCUUAACCUUAAUUUCCAACAUAUGGCUAUUUCUUUUACAACAGCCAAAAGAUUGGUCAUUUGGGAAACGGUUUGUCUUUAGAUUAUCUUCAACAUAGCUGCCAUUCUGUUAUUUAUUUUUAUUUAUUUUUACAUCUAUUUUAAGUUGUCUUUCUCAAGAGUAUAUGACACAGCUCAACUGACACAGAGAAAAAGUCACAUUUGAACACUUUCUCCACUGGUCUUGCAGUCAUGGUGGUGCAAAACACUCCAUAGCUAAGAAAGCAGAGUCCUGGACACUUUUUUUCUCUUGAAUUUGCAUUUAGUGUUUUCAAAUCCUCAGUAAUAAGGACUUGAAAUGCACAAAAGCUGAUAUGUAAUUAUUUCUCAUGUUCUUGUAAUCAUUUGUAAUUCAGCAAACUGAGAUGUAGCAAAAAGAAUGUCAACCAGUGGAUAUAAAAAGAGCCAUCCAUAUAUUGUGAUCAUUUCUGUGCGGGGAAUACAAGAGGAAAAAGAGACACAUUCUUUUUUUUCUCUUUAGAAGGAAUUCAAACCCUAAAUGUGCAGCAGUCAAUAGCACAUUUUGCAGAAAUGAUAAAAUAUAAAUGUGGCCUUAUUCAUUGUUGUUGUUUUUCAAUAGGCAUUAAAAAAAUCAUGAGUCAUAGUACAAUUUUUCAAAGGAUGUCUCAAAUCAUAUAAUAAUUGUUGUAAUCUACUUGUAGUGUUGAUGUAUGUAUUCAUAUAUGCGCCAUAUAUGUCCCACAUUCUAACAACAAUGGCACUGUAUGGUAAAAUUUCAAUUUAUGGAUAUUAUGUAUUGCCUAAACAUGGUACACACUGAUUUCCCAUUCUGAAUAGAAAUAAUAGACACUGACCUUCUGCUAACUCCUGCUUCUGAAAUGUCCAUCAGUGUAACAGACUUGUCAGCUUUGGGAAUUUAUCAGAUGUAAAAGCAGUGUUCCUUUGGAAACCCAAUAAUAAAACACAGGAAAAGGAAUUACAGGAGUUUGGGAGAUAAUGUUAUAUUCCUUAAAACUCAAAACAUCAGGAAGUAGGGAAGGAUAAGGCUAAUUAGAUUGAAUUACCUCUCUGUUUUAUUACAUUAAAGGUUUUUACCUUGACCCUCUACUUCCUGUCUGUCAAGACGACAUCCAAUGUUUUGUUUUUUUUAUUAUUAUUUUUGUUUGUUUUUUUCCAGGGUUGAACAUACAUUUCUGCAGUCACAUUCUGUUAAAUUGUUUGGGCAGUUAGACAAAUUGAAAAGUGCUUCCAGUUUUAACUUUGAGUACCAAAACACAAAGCUAAGCCAGAUUAAUAAAAAAAAGAGAUGUGCCCCAAAUAUCAAUACUUAUUAAUAUAUCCCUGCAAGCAAACAGUACGAAAGUUAAAUCCAAGUCUAUUGUACCACAUGUGAUAUUUUGAUCAGAAUCAAACUGUUACUCGUAGCCAGAGCUAUGUUUCUCUAAGUUGUUCCAGCUGAAUAAGCUCACUCUAACACUAAAAAUUCCUAGGUGAAGAAAAUUGGAAAACCUAGCAAGAUUACAAGCAAAAAAUAUUCCUUUUAUACCCUCAAAAAAGUUAAAGUUAAGUGAGUUAAUUGAAUUUGUUUACCCAUUAUAACCUGCUUUUUUAUAUCCAGAUGCACAAACUGAUGUGAAGGGAUCACAGGAAGAAUUUUUUAUACAUAUCAUUAUUAUUUGCAACUACUGUGUAGUUAUUGUAUAUUGAAAAUACUAUGUUAGAUUAGUUGUUAGAAUGAAAAAUGUUAGCAUGACAUUUUACUUUCUCUUACUUAUUUUACUACCAAUAUCAGUACAUUAGAGCAUGCACUGUUAAGUUACCAACUGGAUAAUUUUCAGAUUCAUGUCUAUUUUUUUAUUACAGCUUCCAAAAUGAAGCAUUUACUUACAUUGUUUGUCCCCUUUGUAACUUUCUGGCAUUGCACAUCCCUGGGAAGCAGAAACACUGGUGGCUGCUUUUGUGUGGCUUGUCUUGCAUAAAAUACCAAAAUUAUUGUUGUGAUUUGUCAGACAAAAUGUCAGAAUGGGUCAAAUCUAAAUUAUUUUGACGGAAAAAUGAGUGAUGACACUGUUGCUACUGAAUGCAUUUCCAAAUGUCAAACAGACACUGUCAAACAGACUGUAUGUGUAGCUGUAUAUUGAUGUUUGGUUAAAAACUGAUAGUAAUAAAAUCCUUUCUCCUGUCUUCA